UUUUGAUUUUGUUGUACUUCAACUUUCACGGGGUUACCGAUGCAGCAAUUCAUCUCGUGAGAGCUUCAUGUUUCAUUUCCAUCAAUUGGCCGGAGCGUAUUCAGCUGGAGUCGGUUCCCAAUCCGGAAGUCAUGGCGAUACAUCGCGUAUUUGCGGCAACACAUCAACUGCCUGUGACCGCAACUUGGAGUCCCUGAUCUGGCUUAAUUCCGAUGCAUCACAGGGUCACCUUCACGCUACAUCCCCUAUGAAACACCUCUACGACUUUGCCGUCGUUUAUUCCAAAUGGCGGAGGCACAAACAAGUCGAUUGCAAGAUCGCCGUCACGCAAGUUUGGUACCAGCGCAUGUGGUCAGCAGCUCUGCAGCAAAAGGGCGCGGCGCGGGGGGAAGCAUUGCGAGCUAUUAACCGACGCUGCCUCGGAUUAGUGUUUCGAUCUCGUCGGAAGCGUACCUAUGCCACAUCUUCGUACAUACAGCCGAAGAAACCGUCGGAUGCCGCCUUUGUCAGCUGUACCAUCGACGUUGUAGUAGAUGACCUCUAUCGCAAUUGUCGUCAGCGGAUUCAGAACCCGAACACCGAUCUUUGCAACACCGAAAUCCGAUCAUCAACCUGUUGUGCAUGCUGUCACGAUGAAGUCAAAUCCUAGUUGCGAUCCCGUCGCUGCCUGUGACUCCCAGCCGAUAUGUUUUCCGCACUAAAAGAUUACCCAUUGGGGCGCAGCUGACUAUUCUCUACCAGGACAUGGAACUACCUAGUUUUGUCUUCCAUCUUACGGCCCAAGCUCUCGUCGUCGGCAGCUAUGACGUGUCGGCGUUGAACCCUCCUGUUCAUGGGAACAUUCGAGCCCGGGAGAUCCGCCCCAGUGGACGCCAGGGACUUCGCUAACGAAGCCCAUGAUGCCUAAACAGGAAUCUUGUUCAUGCCUGGGUCGAACUGCCUCUCCCACAUGGCCCCAGGCAACAAUAUGCUGUCAAAGGAGAUGCAAUAUCUUCACCACAGUGAAGACGUCAAGGCCGAAGAGCGAGACAGUGCCGUCACCGACAUCUGGCCCUCAUGGAAUCAAACGAAGAGCCCACUGCGCAUACCCGGAUCGCCCAGGAAAACCGGAUGCCGAGGUAACAUUGCGUCGAUACGAGCUUUUGGUCAUGUCGUCAGGCUAUCUAAAGUUCUUUCUUGUCACUGAUAGAAUCCCUCCAAACAGGCCGAGGGGAAGCACGCGAAUAUUGUUCUCAACGUUGAAGAAACUCAAUGUGAAACUUGAAGAAUACUUCGGAGCUAACAGCUUUGGGGACGAUAUCGUCAGCAACUCACUUACAUCCGGUCUUGGCGCAAGCGGGAGAUCUCCGAGUCGAAAAGUCUUGGCUUUCCAUUCUUAACCACGACAAGCUUUCCCCCAGUCCGCUACCAGACUUGGGACCCGCCGUUCGGCCAACAAGCCACUCCCUCCCUUUCCUCAACACCGGUAGUCAAUUGCACCCUGCCGAGUAGGUUGGUGCCACGCGCAGUAUUCUCACUAAGCCCUACGCAUGGCUAAUAUCGGGGUGUCACGUCAAACUAGCACCUCUAGCGUGACACAGGCGAAUCAAGGUAUGGUCUAAAUAAUGCUAGGGCACGGCAGAAGAGCCCUGUAGAGCUCAUCGACUAGGCCCAUGUUCCCCUGAGGCGAGUAUUCCGUUAGCUUCCAGGCAGGUAUUCAUUGCCUGUCUUCGAUGAAAGGUUUCGCCCCCAAACAAAUGAACACUUACAGAUCAGCUGUGUAAUUGUUCAUGCAAGGACGUUUCCAGAGCCGAAAUGUGGCGGCGGCAGAGCACGCAGUGCACAUUGCAAAUCAGGGAUCGGUCGACACGAUCGAAACAAGUUUCCGGCUUCAUUAUGGCCUGGCUUUGGAGGCUGUGGCACAACAACAUCACGGGCAUGGACAUUCUAGUGGCCGCGGAGAAGCCAAAAGAUUCCAACUUUGAUGUUAGAGAUGAGGUAAGCGACAAUGUUAUUGGCUGUGAAUGCUGAUCGGAUUCACAAAACAAUGAGGGAAAUACCACACGCACAUCGAGAUAUGAGGAAGCAACCAAUAUCAGUGGACUUGAUCUCUAGAUUGGGAAGGCGACACCACAACACAGAAGAGUCACAGACUUGAUAUCUUGCAUAUCGCAAGGGUUCUCCCGUGACAGUCUCGGGGGGCGGAAUCGGCUGUGAUUGGGCGCCAGAUCAGCAAUUGAGGCUGAAGCAGGUAAGCCUUGGCUACAUGAUAGUACAUAUUCACAUAACCAUCAGGAGAACAGGAGUGGGUUUGAGGACGUCCAGAGAGGGCAUAGGUGAAAGGAGGUUGCCGUCUCACCUGCAAAGAUCACUAAACCAGCAGUGAUUGGCAGAACAGUGCAUACUCUGGCUGUGUUUAGUUGACCGGAUUACUCAACCCACUGGCUCUACUAUUUCAUUCCCGCACAUGCUGCAAGGCCCCUGGAACCGAUCUUACUCGAUUUUCCCUCCAGUCUUUUGUUAGGUAAUACUUUGGUACAUGUGAAAACAAAGAUAGGAUCAACUUUCCACCAUUUGACCCCGGGCUAGGCAGGGAUCUCGGAAGUGGGUGUAACGGUUGCUGAGUUAAUCACCAUUUUCCACGUUGCGGAGACACACCCUUCUUUUUACUUGGCUACCUAGAGUAAACCCCGGACAAUCGCACGGGGCGGCAUUCUAGCGUACGGCGGUAGCUGCAACAAAGGACAUCCGCCUCCCGAAGAUGUCAUCCUGGGCGUCAUGUUCUUCCCACACCUGGCUACCUGGCUGCUGCUUUACCUACACAAACUACUUAGCUGGUAUGUCAUGAGAGGGGGGAGGAGGAGAAACGAGGGGUGAUUGUGUGUGUUACUUCCAGCCACUCCAUGUGCGUAGAAAGGAACCUCGGAAUUAAGAAGCGGGUAUAAACUUGGGGGUGGUUGUGAUGAGGGGGGGGGGGCGGAAGAAACUGGGUUACAGUAUGGAGGAAUAUAACUUGAAGCUCCCUCCCCCACAUGGAAGUUCGGAUUCAGCUCGAGAGAGAUUCAGCAAACAAGGUUUUGGUAUAGCUAUAAAAACAUUGAAGUUGUGUGUUGAAUACUGGGACAUACUCUACCACUUACUACAUCUUACCCUUUUUUCUUUCGAGUUACCCAAACCAGAUACCAACCACCAUUUACUUCCAACCAAAAAUGGCAGACACUCUAAAGAGGACAUUCCAUGGCUGCCUAACCUGCCGCAAACGCAAAGUCCGCUGCCUCGGCGGCUCCCCCUCCUGCCAAAACUGCUCCCGCAUGAACAUCACCUGUCACUCCUCCUUCGAGACCAACCUCCGCAUCAGGGUGUCAACGCCCACAGGACAAAAACUGGUGGACAACAGGCCUGCCCCCCCUACCCGGGGACCUCGCCGUUGUUUACCGCAACCCCCGGCGGCAGCACCAGCACCAGCGUUUGACCACACCCACCAACACCAACAAAACGAGACCUAUCCCUCCAUCACGUUCGAACCUCACUUUUCGUCGUUUUCCCUGUCUCAACCACCACCACUGACAGCGGGUUAUGGGCAGGGUCAGGGUGGUGGAUUGGCCGUUCAAGUCCCACCACAGUAUACCACCACCACCACUCCAGCAUCGGUUUCGAUCCCUAGUUUCGACAACGGGCUGUACAACUGGAACACCAGCUUUGACUUUUCGUGUGUAGAUCCCAGCCUUGACCCCGGUUUUGGGAAUGGAUUCAACAAUGCGGUUUCGGCGGGGAUGGUGAACAGCAGCAGCACGAUGGGGUACGGGGAUUUGAUGCCUGGACUGCUGCUGCCGCCGGGGUUUGCUACUUCGGCGCAGAUGCCUGGGUUGGUGGUGGUAUCGUCGGAGAGUGACUUUGGUGGUGGUGGUGGUGGUGUUUUUCUUCCGGGGGGGCAGGAAGGGACGAAGGAGUGGGUUCCUAAACGGAGGAAGAGGAGUAAUAAGGUUGUUGAGAAGGAGGGGGAGGGGGAGGGAGGUGGGUGGUCGUAUCACAGGUGA